AUGGAUGCCAGGUCACUAGAUGAGGUCCUGCGUGUAGAUGUGAGUAUACUGGAUCUGGACAGCACAAAGCUAGACUGUGCAAUGAGCCUGGCCUUCACCUCUCAACGUCCAUACCACUUGCUCGUGUCCACCUCUGGAGACAAGAUUCUGUGGCUGGACUCAAAGACUGGCCGUUUCAUCAAGGAGGUUUCACAAGUGCACAAGCAGUACUGCUCCACACUGGCACUGAGCGAGGAUGACAAGUACAUGCUGACAGCAGGAGAGAGAAUCAUCAAAGUGUGGGACCAUGGAUCGCUGGAACUUCCCGCCCACAGGUGUUCAUUGGCCACUCCGAGCCGGUACAACAAGUGGACUUCUCUCCUGACCAACAAACUGUCAUCUCUGCAGGAGAUGCCAUAUUUAUCUGGGAUUUUGAGGCGGCUCCAGAUCCUGACGCCCCAGAUAUUUGCUCUGCUCCAUGUCUGCCUUCCAUCCGUUGGUCAGCCCCAGCUUGUGAUCUACCCAGCACUCUCCAUUCCAGCUCCGAUUUGACAGAGCAGAGAAGAGACUCCACUUACAUUUCCAGCGGGAUGCCACGUGGUAGUGCACCUCGGCCCUGUAUUUCCUCGCCUCCUCGUCUGGACAUCAGCCCGGUGCAACGAGUGGAGACUGCAGGCCUCCUUUCAGAAUCAGAAGAUGGAGAUGUGGAGCUUGGCAAAGUACUGCAUGAAGAAUCAAAAGUAGAAGAGGUUGAGAUCCAGGAUCCAAAGGGAAGUGAUGGACAAUCUUCACUGAUCAUCAUAGAGAGCCAGCCUAGCUGCACCAAGCUCCCCAGGACUGCCGGGGGCAUUGCAGAAGAUGUACGGCAGAACCUACCACGUCCAGAUACCUACUCACAUUUCAACCCUCGCUACAAGACCUCAAGCCUGGCCAAGGGAUUGAGUCAUCCUCCAGCUGGCCAGGAGAUGUUGGCCCUCAAAGCUGUCAUUGGGUAUAAUGGAAAUGGUAGAGGGAACAUGGCUUGGAACCCUGAUACAGGCUUCUUCGCAUACACGUGCGGUUGCAUAGUGGUGGUGGAGGAUCUUCAUUCAGGAUCACAGCGCCAUUGGUUGGGACAUCCAGAGGAGAUCUCUACUUUGGCCCUAACUCAUGAUGCUCUGGUUCUGGCCUCCUCCUCUGGCUCUGGAGAUGGCUCUUCUCUGUGCCAGAUAAGAAUCUGGAACACACAGGAUGGCGCAUGUACUAAAAUUCUGCAGUGCCAUAGCACUGAGGUCCAGGCUAUGAACUUCUCCCGAGAUGACAGAUUGCUAAUCACUGUUGGUGAUUUUAGAGAUGGAAAGCUUGCUUUGUGGAGCACCAGGACCUAUGAGCUGUUGGCCAGCAGUCAGAUAUGCCAGCCUGUGCAUGCUGUCAUCUUUAAUCCAGCACAUGCUAACAGCUUCUCCUGUGUGGGCACUGGAGCUGUGAGUUUCUGGCGAAUAGAGGAGCAGGGACUGUCCACUCAGAUGAAGGUGUACAGAGCUCCAGUGCCAGAUGAGGUUGGCACGGCAGAGUUGACCUCCCUGGCCUAUAACCCCGACCUCCUUGCUCUAUGCCGGCUGCAGCACAGGGCAGGUAUGUGUGUGGGAUGCUCAGAGUCACCGCUGCUUCAUGACAUGGGAAGCGGACCAGGGAGAGAUCGGUGUCGUGCUGUGCAGGGGAAACAGGCUGGUGACCGGCAGUAACACCCCGCCGGCUCAGACUCUGGUCAGUGGCCGUGGUUCAGGAGCUGAGAGAAAAGGGAUCUGAAGCCAGUUCUUCUUCUGUCCUGAUGGAACAAGAGAUGACAUUAGAUGGCGCUAUUGUCAGUGCAGCUUUUGAUGAUGCCUUGGAAAUGGGCAUUGUGGGCACAACGGCUGGGUACAUUAUGG